UUCUUCUGCUGAUCAAUUGAAAAUUAGAAACAACAAAAAAAAAAUGAGAACUUGGGAGAAAAUUGGAGUAAGACAAUACAAUAAAUCAGAGCUUCCAAGGUUGAGAUGGACACCUGAACUCCAUGAACAAUUUGUUGAAGCUGUUGAAAGCCUUGGUGGAAAACACAAGGCAACUCCAAAGCAAAUUUUGCAGCAGAUGCCAGUGAAAGGAUUAAGAAUUGCUCACAUCAAAAGCCAUCUUCAGAUGUACAGAAAUCUGAAGGGACAUGCUUCCCUCUCAGUGGAUCACUUGAUGGAAGAAUAUCAACAUGUUAAGGAUCUCAAAAUCACCUCCAUUCCUUCACCAAAAAGAUCAUCGAUAGUGACCAACUUAACAGAUUCAAAUUAUGAAAGGAGGAUUUUGAGGGAAGACCUUCAUCUAUCAAACGGCAUUUCACAAAUCAGUGAAGAAACUGAUUAUGAUUUAAACCAGGUACUAUUUAUAUAAAACCAUG